ACACUUGGAAAUAUGCAAACAUCAGCGACGUGCAUCUGGAUGCAUUGAACAUAUUUGGAUGCGAACGAGAUGGGAGUUUCUACUUCUUUACGGCAAGGCGAAAGCCCGCUGUGAUGUAUUACAAGAGAGGUUCGCUUCAGCCUGCCUUGCAUAUGCUAUACGAUGGAUUUUCCACCUUACAGCUGUCGAAUAAUAAUUUUCGGUCCGGUUGCUACCGGUUUACUGCUACGCAGAUUACAAUUAAACUCUUAAUGAAAGGCCUCAAUUUUCGAGGAACACUUUUCGAAAUGUGUAAUUGUACCAGUUUCUGUUAUAAUGAGCCAGGAACUGGUAAAAUGCUUGUGGAAUCAUUUGUCUCCCGGUUCUCUGUAUUUAGCAGCAAUGCAGGUGAUAUGGUAGUGUGGCGAACGCCUCAUGUCGAUAUCGAUGUCUACAAGCUUGUAUGAAUGAGCGAGUAAACACUAUCCCUUGAUCCGAACAUUUCUUACCCAUCGUAUCCACCCAGCUCGGGAAUCAAUAUAAGAUUGUUGUAAGAUUUGUACUUAAGAUCUAAUUCAGUUUCGUGUGAACGAACGUGUACAUUUGUUUCGAGAUUCUAGUAAAAUUAUGAGUUGAGAUCAACAAAGAGUGUUCUGCAAUCCACGUUCUUUACUGGGUCCCUUGACCAAUGGAAUCAACUGAGAUGAAUCUCUGGAGCAGUUGUGGUCGCUGCCUAUGGUACGAAGUUCUAAUCAUGGCCUGGUUCACCGCCAGACGACGCUACCACUCUAUGAAUAUGUAAAAAUAUUGUCAUAAAGCGGCUGUGAACGUCUGUUGUUGGCAAGGGCAGACACAAAGUCAGAUGGAGCCUAACUUUAAAUCGCAUCUGGUGAAUAACAUGAUAAACAGCCUUCGUGGGGGGUCGAUAAGCCUAAACUGAUGAAGGUAACCUGAUAAAGUGUCAUCUGAGACCAACAGGACUGUAAUCAACACGUGUGUGCAUCUCCAAACUAGCCGAGGUGACAAUGAUAUCUGCUCAUGGGAAAAGAAAGCGGAGAGCCAAUGCCAGCAUGUUUGUAUCUAACCGAGUUACCUUUGUAGAACAAUACAUUAUGUCUUCAGUUUAUCAGCAUCGAAUCGAUCUGGUGCUGGAACAAGAUUUCAGUUCAAUAGCUAGUCCCCCCGUGUCGCUAGUUCACACAUCGAUUUAAACACACAUCCACAAGAAGAAGCGAUUUCAGCCGAAGUUCUUCAUAUUGAUAGCGGAGGAUUCAACAAGUUCUAAUUGAUCCACCAUGCUAUAAAGUUACUUUUAAAUUCGUUCUGAAACGCCUUCGAAAAUGACCGUCCCACCACUCAUCUAACGAAAUACUUUCUGAAAAACGAUAACUUGUAAUAAGACUUGCAAUAGACUCGCAAUGAGAAAAUUGCUACUCUUUUGGCAAAUCUCUCCCCAGUCUCCCUUAGUGAAAAAUUUGCCCGCACUGGUCCCUUCGGCCAAUCUCCUAUAAAAUACAGAAAGACGGGAGAGGGGCAGUUACGACUGCUUCGGAUCACCCCAAAGUGACUUGUCAAGCUUUUCAGCCACAUUGUAACGGCAGCGGUUCACACGACCUCGUAAUCAUUCAAUCUCGUCACUUCUGAUUAAAAUCAAGAAGUUGUCUUCCGUCGUAAUCUCCCAGUAAUUGAAACACUGAUCUUCUAAGACCGGCCGCCUUUGCUCCACGACCCAUCAUAUUCGCUUAAUUACACCGUAUCGAUCGGCGGUGCUGGGAGAGUCGGCGCUGUGCAGCGCAACUGACAGGUGGAACCAGGAUCGGGUGGCGAUGGUAUGUACGGGGACCGAGAAACUAUGAGCGAUGCUGUAUUUCGUGCUGUGGGGGUUAGAGAAAUUGGUGUUGUAGAGAGGGAAAAGGCGAGGUGGUGCUGGUUGGCCGGAUGAAUCAUAGCCCUGUGACGAAGACAGGCCCGGGAUCUAGGAAAGUGGCAUUGUCAGGAAUGGGACCAAAGCUGUCUCAAUGAAAAUACAUGUAUAAACAAUGCCUAUGUCAAAUGCUUGAGUUAGGCGAAAAUGCUUGUUCUUUGUAAUCUGCGACGUGAUUGGUUGUUUGACUUAGGCAUAUAGUCCAGAUUGUUUUGCUCACUAUUGGGAGCCAUUUCUGUAAAAAAUCUCAAUUUGUCCAAAAAGUUGGUUAGGCACUUAUGUCAAUAGUGUGACGACUCCUGUAAUAGUCGUCAGGGUUUCCAAAACCUCAAAUAAUCCCCAUGGAUUGUUUAUGAAAAUUACAAAUGUACCUUCUAUUCAAUUAUCUUCAAGUCGGUCUCAGGGAUAAGUUGGCCAUUACAUAUCAAAUUGUGCCCGCUUCCAUUUUCAAAUGGAUCAGAUUAUGACCACUCGCUGUCACCAAUCGAAGGUAAUUCAAUAACAUUUGUCGUUGGGAUUGACAGUUGGGUUUGAUCGAGUUAUGGUUGCACUCGCGGCAUGAUCAUUGGGCUGGGCCGUAAUGGGGUCUGGUUUCACCAAUCUUGUUAAGAUAUCCAAUGCCUAAAGGAGGAUGGGACUGAUGUGACUUUCGCGGCAAAGAUAGAGAAAAGUGCUAUACUUCGUUUACCCACCGACAACAACAGCAGGGUCCGGUAAGAGGAAUACCGUUUUCAGCAGCAGCAGCAAUAUCACUACCUCUCACAAAUCACGUAUCUUGUUUUUUCCAACUGAGUGAGACAACAUAUUCACUUGUAUAGUGUGAGAGUAUAUUCGUGCUGUCAUACCAACCAUGAAUACGACAACGAACGAAUAAACCCUGGUCCCAGGAGACCGAUACGACACGACUAUCGAUCCGUAGUGGAAUCAAAUGGUCAUUAAUCACUGGGACGAGGGUCCAGACCUAAUGCGCUAGCUUCAACCCAUCUUCGAAUUGUUAAAUCAGAUACACCCUAAGUAGAUAUUAGGAACGAGGUUGCCUGAUCCGAGUGACUGGGGGAUGCGGCAAGUAGUGAUUCUGCCUGCUUCAUGUUUUUGGUUUCCCUUGUAGCCAGAAAGUGUGCGGUGCCUCUGAACGCUUCUUUAAGCCAACAGCGCCAAGAGCGUGGUACCGCUAAACGUAUUUGCAUCUUUAUUGGAUUGCAGUCCCCGGGCCGUUAAGUCAUUCUCCAAGUCUUUACAUCAGUUACCGUUGCUAAGUGUAGACUUGCUCGUAACUGGAGACUUUAGGAUGGGGCGUAUCAAAUGAGGCAGAACCUUUGACCCGGAAAGCCCCGUGAAGUAUGCGUUGCGCAAACGGAAACCAAUCGUAUAUUCUGCUACCGGGACGCUGCUGUACUUUUUCUGUGGUGACAUCCGUCUAACUAAAAACACAAUGGAUAUCACACAUGCUAUGUUUUGGAUUACACUUUUGAUUGGUGGAACAGUGGUGUAUGGAUUCCCCACGGAAAUCCCAAUAGGAGCUAUUUUUGACGACAGUCUGGAAUCCAAGGAAAUCCUCACAGCCUUCAAGUAUGCCGUAGAAAAACAUAAAGAUACCGCUCCCUACAAGUUCCGACCUCUCAUCAAAUUGAUAAAAGCAUCAGAUAGUCUACAGCUCAGUAGAGCAAUCUGUGACAUCAUGGCAGAUGGUGUCUUCCUGGUGCUCGGCCCCAACAGAAUUAAAUCCCUCAACGUGGUCCAGUCCUAUAGCAUGAACUUUAAGAUGCCCUACAUCACGUCUGGGAUGGCCACUAACAUCAACCCUCACCGCCAGAGAUACAUCCUGCAUCUAAGGCCACAGUUCACCCAGGCCCUGGUGGAUCUGAUUGCCUUCUAUAGGUGGACUUCUAUUCAUUAUCUUUAUGAUACUAAAGAAGGUCUGAUGCGUAUUGAGGAACUUCUACGCCUCAUUCAUGAGCAUGAUGGAGGUGACAACCAUAUUGAUAUUGACGUGCGUCACGUGCCUGAACCGUUUGACGCUUACAGCCUCCUCCGCCAGAUGGACCACAUGGAAAGUUCCGAGGAAGAGAAACACAUAAUCUUGGACUUUGCCACCGAGAAUGCUACACAGUCCAUACUCAGGCAGAUUCGGCAGAUGGGGAUGAAUCGGGCCAGAUACCACUACCUCAUCGCUGGACUGAAUGUAAAAGCCUUCGACUUUGAAGGUUUUCUGUACAGUGGUGUAAACGUAACAGGCUUCCAGCUGCUUGACCUAGACGAUCUGAACCUGAAAAUAUUCCUCAGUGAUUGGAAGAAUCUUGACCAGAAAAUCUGGCCGGGGGCGGGCAAGGAAACUAUAAGCUACGAGGCUGCGCUCACCUACGAUGCCGUCCAUGUGAUUGGUGGAGCUUUGGAUGACAUGCGCAAUGAGAACCGGGAGGUGUUCCGUUAUACCUUUCGACAUAAACAGGUGUACAACAACGACAGCCGUGGCAUACAGUGCUCAAGCGAUCCGGUGGUGCCGUGGAAACAUGGUGAUGGGAUCACUAAUGCCAUGCAAAGGGUCCGCUAUAAUGGUCUGACAGGCAACGUCGCCUUUGAUUCAAAGGGACACCGGAAAGAAUACCAGCUUGAUAUAUGGUCCAUGCAGCAGCGAGUGGGGAUGGUCAAGGUUGGAAACUGGUCGAAACCUGAUGGUCUGGUGGUCACUGGAAUUGAACUGUUUGAGAACAUAACGGAUGUGUCCGAAAACAAAACUAAACGCGUUACGAGCAUUUUGGUGGAGCCUUUUCUGUACAAAAAGACCGACUCGGAAGAUGGCAUUCCCCUGGUUGGCAACGACCGUUUCGAGGGUUAUUGUAAGGACCUCGCGCAGCAUAUUUCUGAAAUGGGCAAGUUUUCCUACCAGAUUCAGAUUGUGAAGGAUCACAAGUAUGGCUUACUGGAGAACGGAUCCUGGACAGGGAUGAUAGGGGAGUUGACAAGACACGAGGCGGACUUGGUGAUAGCUCCAUUGACUAUAACAUCAAAGCGAGAGCGAGUGGUGGACUUCAGUAAACCCUUCAUGAACCUCGGCAUCAGUAUUAUGAUCAAGAAACCUGACAAACAAAAACCAGGUGUCUUCUCCUUCCUUGCUCCCCUGGCCCCGAGGGUAUGGUGCUGUGUCUUCCUCGCUGCUGUUGUUGUUAGUUUGAUUCUUUUCUUCGUUAGUCGUGUGAGCCCCAGCGAAUGGGUCGUGGAAAAGGCUCUCUUUUCUCAGUCUUUGUUCAAUGAGUUUGGAUUUGGGAACAGCUUGUGGUAUGCACUGGGAGCUUUUAUGCAGCAAGGAGGCGACAAUUCACCCAGGUCAAUGUCAGGCCGAGUGGUGGCCAGUGUGUGGUCUCUCUUCUGUCUCAUCCUCAUAUCAUCCUACACGGCCAAUCUAGCCGCCUUCCUCACCAUAGAACGUAUGCUCACACCUAUCAACUCCGUAGAAGAAUUAGCUGGUCAAAAUGAGAUUAAAUAUGGAACUAUCGAUUCUGGCUCCACAAGAUCAUUUUUCGAGUCUUCUAAAAUCAGUGUAUAUAAAGGCAUGGGACAACGGAUGAUGGAGGACCCGUCUGUCUUCGUCAAGUCGAAAAGAGAAGGAGUAGAACGAGUCAGGAGUUCAAAAGGAAAAUUUGCAUUUCUCACGGAGUCCACCAUGAAUGAAUUCACAAAUCAGAGGAAGCCCUGUAACACCAUGAAAGUGGGUGAUAAUUUAGAUUCGAAAGGAUAUGGAGUCGCAACGCCCUUAAACUCCGAUAUAAGAGCUGACGUAAAUCUAGCAGUAUUGAAACUUCGCGAGGAAGAGACGCUCACUACCUUACAGAAGAAGUGGUGGUAUGAUAAGAGUGAGUGUGUUCGUGAUAAAACGGACUCUAAACAGAGCUCGCUCAGCCUCAGUAACUUAGCUGGGGUGUUCUACAUCCUAAUAGGUGGCCUGGGAGUGGCGAUGGCCGUCUCGCUGCUGGAAUUCCUCUACAAAUCAAAGAAAGAAGCUCAGAAGAAGAAGGUAACCUUAUUGCAGAACCACGCUCAGCCAAGCUAUCCGAUCCAAAGCGGGCUUCAGGAUACGUGGAGGGGUGGACGAGCAUUGUCAACACAUGCAUCAUUCGCAUUCGCCCCCACCUCCAAUGGCAAUGGAACGUAACAACCACAGGGAGUGCGUAGAUAGAUAUAUUGGGAAGUACGAAGCAACCUACACAUAUACAGCGCCAGCGCCACUUGUGACGUAUGACCCAAACGAUACACACAUCCAGAGUCACACCGAGGUUUGACCCUCAUCCACACCUCUAUCGCCAAGUAGGGAACUUCAAGUCUAAAAAUAGAACAAUGAUUUGCUGCUACUACCUCAGUCUUUAAUUUUGUUUUGAAUUCACGAUUCGGAUCAGCUUCGGUAACUGUCCUUGGUCUUCGGAUAUAACGUCAUUGGGUCGGCUGAGGUGGGUCUGGAGGGAGCUUUAGAUUACACUUGGAAGCCUGGGAACCUGUUGACAAGAUGAUGGUGUGCGAGAAAACGUAGCUGUGAACAAUCCUAUUGGCAGAUAACGCAAUUGUAUUGAUCUGAAGUUGGCUGUUACAUGAUUGUAUGCCAUUUUUCCCGGCCUCAGUGAUGAUGACUUCUCGCGCAUCACCCGUAAACUCACUCGCGCCAACUUCAGGAAUAUUCUUGAGUUAUACGUCAGGUCGAAGCGUCGCUGUACUGAUUGUGAUUGUGAUUUCGGGCAAACUUUGUGUGAUUUAUUUUUAAAAUAUAGACAGCCUAAGUAAUAAGAGGCAAAAGGGCCUAACAAGGUAAAGCAUUAGUCAGUCCAAAUCCGAACGGAGGUACAAUGUAGCAAUGUUGUAUGAAGGGAAAUUAAUGCCUCGCGUCGUGUCUGCAGGACUGUGGUGCGUCAUCGAACUUACGGUUGGUGUUUUAUUAACUUGCAUUGUCUUUCUCUCAACAAGGUGCCGAUGAUCAUCUUUAUGUGUACAGACCUGAACAUGAGGCAACGAGUCUGCAACUGGCAAGAUCAGAGAUGAUCAUGCUGUGUUCUGCCAGCAUUUUCCACGCUUCAUAUCACUUACUAGGUCAUUGUUCUCAUAUAUGCCGCAUCGGCGCAAAAGUUGCUAUUUGGUUUUAUAGGUGGAGCAACCAUCUGUAUCUCUAACGACAACAAGCUACGUCAGGACUUGGAGACGGGGAUCGGUCCCUGUUUGUCGAAAGGCGACAGCACAUUACAAAGGCGUUGUGCUGAUACGUCACUCGAUAAAGUUUGUUGAAUUCCGAAAGUCAUCAAUCUUCUAUGAUAUUGAGACAAAAGAUGUGUUGUUGCAAUGGAAAUUUUGUAUGUUUUAUAUUGAAUAAAAGUAUAGAAUUAGGUUUUUAUCAA